CAGGUAGUGCCAGAAGAGCCAGUGUGGCGCACCACUAUAGAACACUACGCCACACACCACGAGUCUCUCAUAUUGUCAGCUGUAGCGUCAGGAUAUCCACAGAGAGGAACCAUCUGGACAUACAGUGGUUGUCUGUUGUUUGCUACCUCGUUACUUACCACACUGGGUUUUGGAGCCCCAGUCCCUCGCACAGUCUCUGGUCGUAUCAGUGCUGUGCUGUUUGCCGGCCUGGGCAUCCCAGUUCAUCUUCUCUUGGUUCUCAACGUCGGACUGUUACUUGGGGUCAAGAUUCACCAUCUAGCCCGUGUCACUGAGCGCAAGUUCAAGCGGUGGCGGAAGAAACUUACCACACGGAACGCAGAUGACGAGGAGUGGCCAGCGGACAUAUUCACUCCGGAUGAUACUCCCCCUCCUCCUCCCUCAUGGAUAAAGUUUUUCCCUUUUGUGGCAAUCCCCCUGUACUACAGCACAGGUCUCGUCUUGUUUGGGGUGCUCAGGGGAAAGUCUUUUCCGGAGAUGAUGCUGUUUCCACUCGACUUCACUGCGGCCGGAGGUGUAGCCUCCACGUACGGACCUGUCAGAGUUGCCUAUGCUGUAUAUCUAGAAGGCGCUGUUAUUCUCGCCUCUACCAACGUCGCUUUACUCCGUGUAACUGCCACCCGCGGCUUCACUGCUCUCGGCAUCAAACUCGGACUGAUGAUUAACUCUCCUAAGUAGCUACUUUUGUAUCGUCUCUCCAAUAAAUGUGGCAUA